AAAAGGCAAAUGGAUAAAGAGGACCCAUCAUCUGUGGAUCCUAAUAUCCUAUGGAUGAAGCUGGCGUGGAGGAUUUUCAUCUACCAGCUUCCAACCCUCUCUGCAAAGCAAUCUGAAAGGCGAAACUGAGGAAGAAAUCUUCACAAAAAUCUGCGGUGUACGCUACCAUCCUUUUCUCUGAUCUUGUUUCAGAUUUGUCUUCCAUUCUGUUCUUGGCAAAUUUUUUGUAACUCUCUUUUGCAUCUCUUCUAUCACUUGUCAAAAUCCAUUUUUCAUGUAUUAUUUCACUCCAAGAGAUUCAAGGUACAUAUUUAGUGCUGCAUGUUUUGAUGAACCAUCUUUGGUGUGUGCUUCUUAAUUCAGUUUCACUUCAGAAACUGUUUUCAAUUUCUAGCUAUGGCUGCCCUAUUGCACCACAUUUCUCCCCUCGCAAACCUAUCAUCAGACACCACAGGAAAAACUUGUUGCUUCUUCUCUCAGGUUACAAAUAUCCACAGUUCUUCACUGAUUAAGGGGUGUUCUAGGGUUUUAGCUUCUGGGCACAUCACUGUUUCUCCUAGGGAGACUCUUUUCACUUUGCCCAGUUGGAGGAAUGGGAGAAAUGACCCAAGAAUCAAAGAAAUCAAACUCAAUGAUGCAUUUUCUUAUUUAGAGUACAUGGUAGGGAAGGGGCAAAAGCCGGAUUUAGUUCAAUCCACUCAACUCUUGCAUGAUCUGUGCAGGGCCAGUAAACUUAGAAAAGCAAUCAGGGUUAUGGAAAUGAUAGUUAGUUCUGGUAGUAUACCAGAUCCUGAGUCUUAUGCCUACUUGGUGAAUCAGUUGUGUAAAAGGGGGAAUGUUGGCUACGCAAUGCAGUUGGUGGAGAAAAUGGAGGAAUAUGGUUGUCCACCCAACACUGUUACUUAUAAUUCACUUGUGAGAGGGCUUUGUAUCCAUGGGAACCUGCAACAAAGUUUGCAGCUUUUGGAUAAACUCAUGCAUAAGGGGCUGGUCCCAAAUGUAUUUACUUACUCGUUCUUGCUUGAAGCCGCUUACAAGGAGAGAGGGGUAGAUGAGGCAAUGAGACUGUUGGAUGAGAUCAUCGCUAAAGGUGGAAAGCCUAAUUUGGUUAGUUACAAUGUUCUGUUAACUGGGUUGUGCAAAGAAGGUAGAACUGAAGAAGCUAUUAAGUUCUUCAGGAGUCUACCAUCGAAGGGGUUUAGACCAAACGUUGUGAGUUACAACAUCGUAUUGAGGAGUUUGUGCUUUGAGGGGAGGUGGGAAGAAGCAAAUGAGCUCUUGGCUGAGAUGGAUGGGGGGGACCGGACUCCAUCCGUAAUUACGUACAAUAUCUUGAUUGGUUCACUUGCUGGACAGGGUCGAACUGAUCAUGCUCUUGAGGUCUUGGAGGAGAUGAUGAGAUGUGGAUUUAAGCCGAAUGGUGCAAGCUACAACCCAAUAAUUGCUCAAUUCUGCAAGAAAGGGAAGAUAGAUCUUGUGGUCAAUUGUCUAGAUCAGAUGAUGUAUCGACACUGUAAUCCUAAUGAGGGGACAUAUAAUGCUCUUGCUGUGCUCUGCAGUGAAGGGAAGGUACAUGAAGCCUUCUCUAUUAUCCAAAGCUUGGGUAACAAAACAAACUCUUCCAUGCAUGACUUCUACAGGAAUGUCAUAUCCAGCUUGUGUAGGAAGGGAAACACUACAGCAGCAUUUCAGCUCUUAUAUGAGAUGACAAAGAAUGGAUUUACUCCUGAUUCUUAUACCAAUUCAUCCUUGAUAAGAGGCCUGUGUACGGAGGGGAUGCUAUCUGAGGCAAUGGAAAUUUUUUCACUAAUGGAAGAAAAUGAUGUUAGGCCAGAUGUUGACAAUUACAAUGCCCUCAUACUUGGUUUAUGCAAGGCCAGGAGGACAGAUCUGUCACUUGGAGUUUUUGAGAUGAUGAUCGAGAAAGGGGGCAUGCCUAAUGAGACAACUUAUACUAUCCUAGUGGAAGGGAUUGCCCAUGAAGACGAAAUGAAGUUGGCAGCAGGGGUUUUGAGGGAGUUGUAUCAUAGACAUGUUCUGAGUCUAAAUACUGUGGAAAGGCUUGUGAUGCAAUAUGAUCUGGAAUUGUCAACUCUUUAACUCAGAUCUGGUGUUACAAAGAGAAAAGCUCUUCCUUUAGCACAGAUAGCCACAGAAACAACUUAAAAUUGAUGGAGUCAUAAUCGAUUGGAAAAACGGAUUCUAGCUCUCUAGAUCAGGAUAAGCAUGAAUUCAUCUGAGUGAUGCAUGGAGAUUAUUGGAUUAUAAGCUUGACACUGAUCUCAAGAUUGUUUAAUGGUGGCAAGAGGAAAGAUUCAAGCUUUAGUGUCAUUCUGGAGGUGAGAUCAUCCCAAACACAUGCUUCCUAUUUUGAUUUGUAAAAAUUUAUGCUGAGUUGAUUUCGGUUGCCUCCCUCACUCUUUAUUGCAACCAAAGGACUUGUAUCCUGAAAUCGUUUGAUGAAAAUUAAAUCAAGUGCCUGCUUCCCAUUGGUUGAAUCCGUUACUGAAUCUGUGGGUAUAAAGCAUUCAUUAAUUUUCUCUCUCCUACCCACCCCCUUUCUCAAAAGGACAGUUUCUUUCUGUAGCCAUAUCUCCUUACCGUACCUAUUUUAGUCAGUUUAUUCUGCCGUCUUGUAUUUGAGCUUUUACGAAUAACAUAAAAGGUUCAGUGAUGAUUCGUCUUCAGUGUCCCAUGUUCAUUGCAUAUCCAACAACGUGUGGAGACAUUUUUUAUGUCCCAUGGAAACAUAGAGAAUACAAUAAUUGGAUAAUUUGUCUUCAUUUUUAUGGGAGGUAAGUUCUCUAUAUUUCUUCUGUUUGUCAUAAUGGUGGAUUGGUGAAACAAACUACUCAUAGAUGGGCUUCUUCUUAGAAAAGAACAAAAUCAUCAAACUUAUGCCAACAAAACAAAAAAAACCAAAUCAUCAAACAUAAGCAAAUUAUAUAAACUUCUUAAUAUCUAUUAGAAGAUAACAUAAUUGUCUGAUGGAGUUUAAAUUAUGCUAAAAAUAUUCUCUUAUUGGUUUGUAGAUCGCCUAUAUUAUUGCAUAAUAUGUAACAAUUUUGGCUAGCUGACAAAUGGCACUCAAAACAAUAGAAGAGUUUGGUGGAAAAAGAAUUACACUUAUACCUUAUAAUUAAGGCUGCUACCCUAUAGUUCCAUUCAGUUCUCUUCAACAGUUUUAUUACUAAAACUUGUCAAGUUCUGGUAUUGUAUAAAUCUUUUGUCAUGCUUCAAUAUCUGUGCACUGGAGUUCUCACUUUGAAUGUUUUAUGGAAUAUAUACAUUUAUGGAGGAACAUUUAUUCCUUUUAAUGGGAAACAAGGAUAAACCAACCAUUUUAUCUCUUUAACGGGUGUUGACCCUGAUUCCAUCCUAGGAUAAAGGAAAGCAGAAACCAAUGAUCAUACUUUUUUGAAUUGUUCUAUUACUUAAUUCUCUGGAAGACAUAUUUUAUUGGUCUUGACUGGUGUCUUUGGCUCUCUUCUUGAUGUGCAUCACAUAAUGUCCCUGAGACUGAGCAAGCUCCCAUGUUUUGGUUUGGUGGUUCUUUUGAUGGUCACCAUAUUUGGGAAGCUGGGUACUGGCUCUGUUCUAAAAGCAUCGACCUAAUCCUUUUUGACAUUUGCAUGUAAAAUGUUUAAGCAAUCUGAAGUCGUAUCCACCCUAUUCACCGCUAUAAUGGAAGAGUUUGGUCUCUAUAGGGAUCACGACAACCACCAGGAUCAAAUUUUGCAUGCAGCUUGUAGGUACAAACUUCAGGAAGAGGAGAAAUACCUCAAAGAAUAGAGAUUGAGGCUCAUCAACAGUACGGAAACAAGCAAGAGAAUGGGAUUACUGUAGACUCGGAUGCGAAGAAGAAUGUCGAGUGGGUCAAAUCUGGUUGUUAGCCAUUGGAGUGAUUUUAUGCUUUGUAUGAUGCCAAACUGUGAUGGUCUAAGUUUUUAGUGACAAGUCUAUCUUAUCUUUUUAGAUUUAUCAUUGCUUUUGCUCAUUAACUUGUCUCGUCUGGUCUUAGGUAAAGGUUAUCUGGUAUGUGAUUCAUGAAUGCAGUCCCCCGCAGGCUUUGUGUUAGUCCUUGUAUUUAAUUUAACUUUAAUAAAAAAAUUUCCAAAUGUUGGCCUUGGAUUGA